AUGGUCGCACUGUCCAUGGCCGACGGCUAUGCCCGUCUAAGCGGCGAGGCGCAAUGCGUAAUCGUGCACGUCGACGUCGGUACCCUAGCUCUCGCAGCCGCCGUUCACAACGCCGCCAUGGGACGAGCACCCGUUCUGACCUUCGCCGGCCUCUCACUAUAUACCAUUGAAGGCAAAACUCCGUAUUCGAGAACUUACUUCAUCCAUUGGAUACAGGAUGUACUGGAUCAGAAGCAGAUUGUGGCGCAGUACUUUCGGUAUGUUGGUGAGAUUAAGACAGGGAAGAAUUUAAAGCAGAUAGUGCGAAGGGCACUGCAACUUGCGACUAGUCACCCGCAGGGACCGUCGUAUUUGAUGGGGGCGAGGGAGGUCAUGGAAGAAAACAUCGAGCCGUAUUCCAUCAACUCUGCUGUCUGGAGACCGAUUGCUCCGGCUGCUCUACUGCAGGAGGCUGUGCGAGAGAUUGCCGAGGCUCUGGUCAACGCGUCUGAUCCUCCUGUCAUUGUCGGUUUUACAGGACGGUGCUCAGACAUGUGUUUUCCCGCGGAACACCCUGGCUGGCUCGGAAUGAAAUACGGCGUAGACGCUGCAAUCGAGAAUGCCGACGUCUUCCUUAUCCUGGAUUGGGACGUACCCUGGAUCAACAAGCUUUGCAAACCCAAGAGCUCAGCAAAGGUGUUCCAUCUCGAUGUAGAACACCAGUAUAAACUCCUUCAAUGGAUUCACUGUGGAGGCGGAGGCCUCGGAUGGAGCGGUGGUGGCGCACUAGGCAUCAAGCUCGCAGCGGACGCAGCUGAUGCUUUGGUGCCUGGGAAGCUGAAGAGGUUCGUAGUGCAGAUUGUGGGCGACAGGUCUUACAUGUUCAGCGUUCCCUCGAGUGUGUAUUGGAUCUCUGCUCGCUACAGGAUCCCCGUUCUGGCUAUCGUUCUCAACAAUCUGGGCUGGAAUGCGCCACGGAGAUCUAUGCUGCUGGUGCAUCCUGACGGCCCUGCAUCGAGAGCUACCAAGGAGGAGCUGAACAUUUCGUUUGCCCCGAGUCCGGACUAUGUGGGCAUAGCGAGGGCUGCGAGUAACGGAGAAAUAUUUGGUGCCCAUAUAGUCAACGGGUCCGAAUUUGAGGCAGCACUGAAUGGGGCGGUGGAGAGACUUGAGUGA